AUGAAGAAGACAGACCCCGACUUCAAAAUCACCACCGACCUGUGCGAGCUCCUCACAAUCUGCCUCAACGCCGCGCAGAUGACGGUCUACAUCGCCAACUCGUGCGCCAACGAGGGCAUGCUCGCGACCUACGGCGUCAUGGACCUCGACUACAUCUACAGCGCGUGUCUGACGUUCUUCAUCUGCGGCGACGUGCUGCAGUUCAACACUGACGAGUGCUCGCGCUUCCUGGACUCGUCACUUGCGAUCGUCGCGAAAAUGGCCAGCGAGGGCAACAAGGACGCCACCGUCAAGCACACCAAGGUCCAGAACCUGCUUGCCAGCUACCGGCCGCAGCUGCCGGACGUCUCGUCUCCUGGCCUCGAUCUCGCGAGCCUGGACGUUCCAGACACGCUGUGGACACAGAACCCGAUCGAGACGUUCCAGGCGCUCGCCGGCCACGACCUCAACAUCUGGGAGUACGGCUACAAGUCGUGGCAGCACGUGGACGAGCUCUGGGACGAUUUUGCGGAAACCUACAAUUGA